GAGGCAGACAUGCCAGCCAACCUCACCGCCUCCAGCCACAGCACCAACUGUAACUUCCCAGCGCGCGUCUUCGGGAUAUUAUCGAUCAUCAUCAUCAUCUGCGGGAACGUGCUCGUGCGUGUGAGCGUGUGCACGGAGAAAGCGCUCAAAACCACAACCAACUACUUCAUCUUCAGCUUGGCUGUUGCUGAUCUGCUGCUGGCGGUUCUGGUCUUACCUCUGUUCGUGUAUGCAGAGUUCCAGGAUGGGGUUUGGUCGCUCAGUAUGACCCUCUGUGAUGGACUGAUGACCAUGGAUGUCAUGCUGUGCACCGCCUCUAUAUUUAACCUCUGUGCCAUCAGCAUAGACAGGUUCAUCGCUGUCUCCAUCCCUCUUAAUUACAACCGCAAACACGUGGAUCAGCAACAGAUUGUUCUGCUUUCUGACACAUGGAUCCUGGCCUCGGCCGUGGCCUCCCCAGUGAUGUUCGGAGUCAACAAGGUCCCCAACCGGGACCACAGCGAAUGCAAGCUGGAGGACAACAACUACGUGGUGUAUUCCUCCAUCUGUUCGUUUUUCAUGCCGUGCCCCAUCAUGCUCGUGCUGUACUGCGGGAUGUUUCACGGCCUGAGGAACUGGGAUGAGGCACGGAAAGCCACGCUGAGGAGCAGCAUGAAGGCCUGCCGAAAGCUUCAGGAGGCCGCCUCGUCCCUGCAGCCGCUGUCCGGCCUGCCACUCGUCAUCAAGAAAGAUCUGUCUGACAUUACCUUAGAGGAGCUGGAGCAGGAGCCCGUGUGCAUGCUCGCCUAUCCCGGUGGGAGCUACCAUGAACAUCCAAACCAGAACCGGCAAAAGAAGAGAGCCAAAACAAAUGGGAGGGAGAGGAGAGCAAUGAGGGUGCUUCCUGUUGUAGUAGGUGCCUUCCUGUUCUGCUGGACGCCGUUCUUCGUAGUGCACACGAUGAGGGCUCUCUGUGAAGACUGCUACAUCCCCAGCAGCGUCACUAGCAUCGUGACCUGGCUAGGCUACGUCAACAGCGCCCUCAACCCCGUCAUCUACACCAUCUUCAACUCAGAGUUCAGGAAGUUCUUCCGGAAGUUCCUGCCAACUCUGCCCAACUGCUGCAAGCUCUUUGCUAACAGUUUAUGAACAAAACAUAGCCUACCCAAAAGUAUAAAUAAACCAGACAAAUAAUGCAUACAUGUAAAUACAGCAUGUUGUAUGAAACAAAAAUGAAGUUUGGUUAUUGCUGCCUUUAUGUUUUUACUUCAUGAUUUAAUUUCGUAUGUUUACAUUUUGAGAGCUGUAAUGAAUUGGCUUCACGAAUUUGCAUAAAAUGUUUGGAAAAUCAUUGUUAUGUAAACUGUUGUUUCAUGAAAUGCAUACAAAACAAAUUUGUGUACAUGAUUCUUAAAAUAAUUUGUGUACUGUUACAUAUAAACAGGCAGAAUGAAUUUCCUAUUUCAUUUAUUUUCCUAUAAAACAUUUUUAUAGCGAUUCUUAAUACACGAACAUAAUUUCCAUGUAAAUAGUUAAUAAAACUAGCGCUACUUAAAUUGUUAUGAUCAUAAAACACAUGCAUGUAAUUCAAAUGCAUGUACUUUAAAAAUCUGUUCAUGGACCAGAGUGUUGUACGAUGUUUACACGCGAGAACGAUGAAGAAACAAUGCAAAAAUACAUAGAGAAUGUGACAUGCCCAACAAAUCAGAAAGAUCUUGUUUUUGAGGUGUUGUUACUGAAUCAAAAAUAGCAGUUUAUGCUUAAACGAACAAUUGAAACAUUUCCUUCUGUUUGUGUUUGUGCAUCAAAGAAUCUCCAAUGUGAAGAUCAAAAGUGAAUCGAUGCAAUCAAAAACUUUCUGUAUGAUUCUGAAGAACUUAUUAAUAUAAGUAACUUGUUAGGUAAAUGUAGGUUAGACGUUCGCUGGUGAUUGUUUUCAUGCCUUUCGUGCUAUUUGUUCUCUUCGGGUCACACUGUGUUCAUUAAAAGCUGAGUGAACCCGCUUACACUGGAAGUGAGUGGUUUGAUUUCAGUGAACGGGGUUAGAAUGCAAUAUUUAGAAACUGUGUUUCUGUGGCUUUUCUAUGGUUUUGAGUUAUUGAUUUCACUGCUGAGCCCACUUUGUCAAUGGAAUGCUUGCUGCUUUUGAUUAAUUAAAAAUUAAGAGUUGAUCAAAGAAUAGAUCAGCUUGAGGGGUCAUACUGUAUCACAAUAUA